AUGGCCAACAUGCUUGCCCUCCCCCGUGUCCCCAAGACACCUACUACCACCACCUCUACCUGCUCCUCCCGCCGCGCCUCCUCAGAUGCGUCCUCGGGACAUUCCACCGCUUCCACCGCAACAACUCUGAAAAGCUCCAUCAAAGCCAGCAAGAAGUUCUUCUCCAAAGCCUUCGACUCCAAGUACGUCAGCUCGAUCGACGAGAACUUCGCCCAGCGAGCCAUUCACAACGAGGCCACCGCUAUCUACUUCAGCUUGCGCUAA